GAGGGGGUGGCCCCACCCCUGAGGUAUGAAAGCCCCCCUGCCCUGGCCCUGGCUCAGUCUCCAUGGGGACACUGGGGCUAGAGGGCCGGGGUAGGAGGCCCCAGGGGAAGGGCUGCCUCCUGCUGGCUGUGGCAGGAGCCACCUCCCUGGUGACCCUGCUGCUGGCUGUGCCUAUCACUGUCCUGGCUGUGCUGGCCUUGGUGCCCCAAGAGCAGGGAGGACAGGUAACAGGGACGGCUGACCCGGGGGCACAGGCCCAGGCCCAGCAGCGAUUGGGGACACAGGUGCUGCCAGAGGAAGAGGCAGGAAAAGAUUUCAGCUCCAGGCUCCCAGCUGCCCACCUCAUAGGUGCCUGGACGAAGGGGCAGGGGCUAGGCUGGGAGGCCAAGAAAGAAGAGGCGUUUUUGAGGAGCGGGACGCAGUUCUCCGGCGCCGAGGGACUGGCGCUCCCACAGGACGGCCUCUAUUACCUCUACUGUCACGUCGGCUACCGGGGUCGGGCGCCCCCUGCCGGCGGGGGCCUCCUUGACCACUCGGUCACGCUGCGCAGCCGGCUGUACCGGACGGGGGGCGCGUAUGGACCGGGGACUCCCGAGCUGCUGCUGGAGGGCGCAGAGACCGUGACCCCGGUCUUGGACCCGUCCCGGACGCACGAGUACGGGCCUCUCUGGUACACGAGUGUGGGCUUCGGGGGCCUGGUACAGCUCCGGAGGGGCGAGAGGGUGUACGUCAAUAUCAGUCACCCCGAUAUGGUGGACUACAGGAGAGGGAAGACCUUCUUUGGGGCUGUGAUGGUGGGGUGAGGGCCGCUUGCGGCCCCGGGGAAAGCGACUGCAUGGCUGGAAUGUGUGACCCAGCCCAGAUAUUGGGGACCCGGCCUCCAGGGACCCCGUGGCAGUGGGAAAAAUGUAGGAGACUGUUUGAAAAUUGAUUUCGAGCCUGAAGAAAAUAAAGAAUGUAAACCUUUAGUGCUGCCAAAUACAGAUGCUGAGAUGCUA